UGACGAUUGUUCUUGCUUGCUGUUUUGAUAAAAAAUGGCGAGCACUAAUAGACAUGAGCGAGAAAUGUUAAGUAAAGCAAAAAAGGCUUACGAAUCGACGUCAGAUCCCAUUGAAAAAUUAAGGCUUGCUUGUUUAUCUCGAGGUUCAUCCGGUAUUAAAGGAUUGGGAAGGUAGUUAUAUUUUGUUUAUAUGUUCAUACAAAUAUACAGUACGUGUGGCCAUAUUUGAAAUUUCAAAUUUGUAGAGAGGUCAAGUAUUUUGUUUAAGAGUCUGUACUCAGAAAAUCCGGUGUUUGCCACCAACCUGACAUGUUGCGUGACUAAUUAUCUAGAGUGUUCAAAAUUAUGGAUGAUGAUGGAAAUAGAACAUUAGAUUACAACGAAUUUAAGAAAGGAUUGAGAGAUUAUGGUCUUUAUCUUGAACCAAAGGUUAGCAGGAGUAUACAUUUUGUGUAUUGUAGUUUACACAACAAUUUGCUUAAUUGUUACAUGUAUAAAUGUUUAUUGUGUUGUGGUUAUCCGUGUGAUAACCAGAUCCAAAUUUGUAACCGUGCAAGUAGUUUGACAUUACAGUAAUUACUAAUUAUGUCUCAAUCAAUUCUAUGGAUGCCCAUCCCCCCUGGCUUUUGUCUGGCAUUGUCAACUGUACUUGUUCCCAGGGUUGUGCAUUUGCUUUCUGCAGAUUAGCCUCGGGGUGGAGAAUUUGCUUGAGGCUAAAAAGUUGCUUGUUUCAAAACUUGGCCAAAACUUGUCGCUUGUUUUGCCAUUUAGCCGUAUUUUAAUACGCACGUUUACAUGUGCAUGUGUAUUGUGAAUUAAUCAUGGUGGACAUGAAGGAUUUUCACGGACGGAGUAUGGAGUUUGUUAUUAACUACAGAAUCAAUUUUAAAUACAGAGAUAUUAAUACAAGAUAGAGCCAGCAUUAAAUUUUUUGGUUCAGAAAACUUAUAUUUUGUCCCCACGGGUGGGGCAUUUGCGUCAAUGUAAGUCCCCAAGGACGGGGAUUUUGUUGCAUUAUUUUGACCCCAUGGUGAGGCAUUUGCAACAUGUUUUCACCAAAAUGACAAAUGCCCCACAAAUGCUGGGGGAGGGGUGAUGGGCACCCAUGGAAUUGAUUGAGACAUUAUUCCCAUUAAUGUCAAAGAGUUCCCUGUACCCAUUAAUAAAGAGCUUUAGAUUUGACCAAGAGAACAACUACAAGAUUUGUUGUUUGCACAUGCUCCCCAUGUUCUUACACAUGCAAGCUGUAAUCUCAUAGUACUCUGAUGACUGUUUGUUUUCCUAUCAAUGAGACUUUUAAAAAAUUCUGUUGUCAAUUUGGCCUGCAAGGCUAUGAGAUUUUGGUCUUGUAGUCAAAUCUAAAGCUGUCUAAUGCCAGUUAGAGUGCCCCCUACUUAUUCCUGUCACAGAGAAAUCGAGAGCAAAUCCUGAUAUAGUUAUGACAGUUAUUAAUGGAGUAGAUUAGCCAUAAAUGAGAACAUCAACGCAUUAAGUUGCAUUGUGCCCCAAUGUGCCCUACUUAAUUAUUUUACUCUGUCUAAUGCCAGAUUAUUUUACUUGUCAAGGGGAGAGUGCUGGCCCUCAAUGGGUUAAUUAGUGGCAGUGUGCCAUAUUGCAAGCACAACUCAAUUUUCUGCUUUCUGUUUGAAUUGGUGAAAAAGUUCAUAAGCCAAUAACAUAAAUUCUGCUGUUGUAUUAAUUAUUUCCUCAGUUACCAAUUAACAGAGAUUUUCCUGACCAGGCUGUCAACUAGUUGUUAGGCUUAAUAUAAUCAUAAUUAGAUCAUGGAUUGUAAUACUUUCAUGUUACGGUAUACAAUAUUACUUUUCCAGGAAGUUAAGAAUGUAUUUGAGGCAUUUGACAAAGAUGGAAGUGGAAACCUAGAUUUUGAUGAAUUUCUUGUCACACUCAGGGUAAGUAGGAUUAUUUGAUGUGUUUUCCGGUGAAGAAGGGCUUUCAAGAUUGUAAGAUUGGUGUAAUUAAUAUAUAUAGACACAAUUUCUUAUAUCAACCCCUGCACAUUGCAUCAAUCAACUGGACUAAAAUGGGUUAAACUUUAUAAAUUAACCCCUUACAUGGCAAUGUGCCCUCGGCUGAUGCACCGCAUGACUGCACGCUAUUUUUUGCUGUCUAAUCAGGGUGUUAGCUAGCCCAUAUACUGUCCGUUUGACUGACUCUUCCCAAUUGAAGUAGCUAAGGGGCUUUCCCAACUGGGUCUACUGGAAGAUUUUCAUUUUUUCUGAUGAGAAAGUGUGUUGCGUUUGAUUAAUUUAUUUUAUUAUAUCAAAGAAUAUUGCGUUUCAUUCAUAUUGGGUGUGUAUUCACCAGGCCUGGAUAAAGUAUUUUUCUCUGGCAGCAAAAUCCAAAAAUAGAAAUUUCCUGCUAAACUAAUUAAAAAAUUUCCUGCGAGAAUUUUUUUAUUUAUAACUAAGAGAACAAGCACUAAUGUGAAAAAUAAAAUUAUAUAAUUUUAAAAAGUAGCUACUACACUCGACAGGGACAUCAAUGUCACUAUAGUAUGACUCUAACAUCAUUGAAAUAAUGUUUUUAUUCUGGCUGUUCUGGGAAAUUAUUUAGCCUGAAAAUUUGUCUUUCUGAGUUUCUGUUAUCACUGAUCAUGCAGUGAUGCAGUCAUCACUCAUCAGCAUAAUGUAACUAUGUACUUAUCCAUGUAUUGCAGCAUUCUGUUUACAACCUUAGAAUUGUUAGAUACACCCACUGUGUCAAAUAGGCUGAUGUCAUUCGAUCUUCUUGCAAAGCGAAUGCCAUGCUGCCCUUUGAAAUGUUGUUUCAUAGCCGCCAUCACAACUUUAUCACAUUGGGCUAGUGAAGGACCAUGUACGCAGUAUCCUCAUUCACAUUUCUAAAUUUAUUGAAGUGAAUCUCAAACUUUGAUGUCAAUGAUUCAAUCACUGAUUCCACAGAAAUUUUCACAGCGGACACACAAAUGGCAGGGCUGCAAAUAAAUAUUUGACUUGACAGGACAUUUGUCCGAUCACUUUUAAUUUUGGUCGGACAUAACUUGAAUUUAGUCGGACAAAAACCAACAUCACUAAAUUUGGUUGGACAUAUAUACGUCACAAGAUAUAUAUAAGUCACAAGACAAGUAUGUAUAGCCAUUCCGGCGCAACGUUAAGUAAAAUGCUAGAAUGCCUCGUAAAUUUUAUUGCAAAAUUAGUACAAAUUGAGUGAAUUUGCAAUCGGAUUUUGUCACAGCAAAAAAAUGUAUGUGACAAUUUUUUGUGUGUGAACGGACCAAUGUCCGAUCAAAAUCACUUUUGCUCGGACAUUUGCUAAAAUUACUGUCGGACAUUGUCCGAUGUCCGACAGUAAUUUGCAGCCCUGAAAUGGAGUGGAUAUAAUCAUCUCAAUUCCUUUGUACAACUUUUUGUCGCUGCGGAAAAAUAACUUAAUAAGCUCUUUGCUGUCGAAAUCAUCAUUCUUUUUGUUUCUGACCACUUGCUCCAGCCGUACCAGAAAUUCCUCGAAUUGAAGAAUUAUGGUCUCGUCCGGAACCUCGUUAAUGGAAUUAUUUUGCGUAGCGUCGUUAUACUAUACUUUGCUCUUUCGAUAUUCGAAAUAAGGAUGGCACCUCUCAAUUUUAUUCUAACUGCAGUGGUCUUCAAAUCAGUAAUCAACCUGGUAUCCUCGAUCAUUUCUUUGUCUGACUGACUGAGAGAAGACUUGAUCGCGUAAAUCUUUCUGCAAGCGUGUGAUGAGCAACAAUACUUGCUUUGAAACAUUAUCUCGCACGUUUUCAGCUUUGUUUGCAUUUGCUCAUCUGGCUAAAGACCUUGUUACAGUUGGCCCCUCUUCGUCGUGGUCAUCAACAAUUGGUACACCCAUGAUAUACAGGCCAAGAGCCGGAUUUCGCGUCACAUUUUCAUGAUUUGUUCCUUCUGACAUAUUCUUUCAUGAGUAAGAGAGUGGACUUUCUGCACCACAUUUACCAAUUCUCCAUACUUCUCAUAAAUAUCAGUUAUACCAGAUAGUCUGAAUACGAACUUGACAUUGCAAAUGGAAUUCAUGAAUUUCUCUGCAUCAGCAGCAUUUUGCGGUUUUGCCUAUCUUUCGAGUCACCGUCUCUCUUUUCAGUCUUUUUCAUCUCGAGACAGUGCAUAAUUGUACGAUAAUCCUUACGAAAGUUCAUAUAAACUUUCCUGACACUAUUUGCAAAACGAGCAGUGUUAUACUUAGCUGGAAGUACUUAUAAUUGUCCCAAGGAUGCACACGCAUCUGCAAGUGCUUCGUAAUUCUUCCCCCAAUUGAAAUUCUUGAAAACAGCUGCGGUAGUGGUUUUUUCAAGUAAUCUUUCACAUUAUCUUUGACAACUUCAGCAACAGAUUCCAGAAAUUUCUGUAAAUCGCUGUUUAAUCGAAAGUUACACGUUCGUUGGUAAGGGCUAACUGCGCGUUUGAAACGUAAAUUAAGACUGUUAUUAAUAACAAAGACAAAGUGAAAAACGUUCGCACUUCGCAGGUAGCGGUUGCCUGUAAAUGCCUAAAUGGUAGUAUUUACUUUACAGAAUACAGUGUAAUCUGAUUUACGUUCUCAUACACUUGUAUUCUAAAUCUACUCGAUAUAGCAAUUUGGAAAUACAACUUUAACUAUAUUCUUCAAAGUGUCGAACCUAAAAUAAAUUAUGAACAAAAAAAUUUCCUGCGAGAUACAAAAACAUUCCUGCCAGUAAUUUUUGCGAAAAAUUUCCUGGCAGUGGCGCUGCCGGACAUUUUCCAGCCCUGGUAUUCACAGAAAUGAAAUGUACAAAACAAAGUGUAAUCGGUGUGCAUCCGUGUUUAUUCACCGGAAUUGAAAUAUACAAAACGAAGUGCCAUCGGGUGCAUUUUUUCAGUGUUCAUUCACCGGAAAUGAAAUGUACAAAAAAAACCAAGCUACCGUUGUUUGCAUCUAAGGAGAAACACGUUAGAAAAAAACACUAUUUAUUCCUACACAAGGACUUUGAUCGGUCGAAAAAACUUUCCCAAUUUACGUUUAACGGACAAAACUUUUUUUUCUGGCUAACACCCUGCUAACAACAUACUAUUUUAAAAGAGAGAGUGUGCAUGCAUUAGAGGUGUGCAUCGGAUCGGAUUGGACGUUUAUAAUCCAACAAUUGGCUAAUGUUUAAAAUCCAAUCCGAUCCGAAAUUGUCUAAUCCGAAUCCGAUCCGAGUUGUGAUAAAGAAUUCCAAUCCGAUCCGAAGAAUCCUUUACAAAAUAGAUUUCUCAUUCAAGUUGAAAUGUUUAACCAAAUAAAUAUAAAAACAAGAAAUACAUGUCAAGAAGCUGACAAAGUGACGUCCAAUUAGCCUUCUCACGCCGCCAUUUUUGGGGUACUGUAAUUUUUCGUAAAUGAUUAUAACAAUAUGAAAAGCAAUAUUUCGGAACAAACUAACUACUUACAGAGUAAAUUUACCAUCAUACACCCACAAAAUUAUAAAAUGUCGCCGUUACGUGGUGUUACGCUCGCAGGAUUGGCAAAAAAGUACCCCAAAAAUGGCAGCGUGAGAAAGGCUAAUUGAAGUAUCAAACGAAAAAUGCAGCGAGAACCGCGAUAAUGUUUUGAUAAAUGCAUGGAUAAUUAAUUCUUGCAAUAAUGCCUGGAUAAUUAAUUCAUUUUAUUUCGGAUAUCGAAGUCCGAUCCGACUACGAAACAACUUUAUCAAUCCGAUUCGAAAUGUAUAUUUUUGUUCCGAAAUCCGAACGAAUCCGAUCGGAUUUGCACACCUCUAGCAUGCAUGCUGCCACUCAGAUGCAUGGCUGUGCAUCCUCAUGUUACCCUUGAUGUGACAAUGCACCCUGAUGCUAUAACGAGCCUGUAUUUUCAUUUUGAAAAUAUUAAUAUGUAAUUGAACAAGGAGGGAAAGCAAUUUCAAACUUUUUUGGUGGAUGUAGUACCAUUUGCGAAUAAUGAAUAAACUAAAGCAUUUUUAAAAUCUCCUCAGUACGAUAAUUAUUCAGACAUGCAUUAUUCUUUUAGCCACCAAUGAGCAAUGCUCGAAAAAGAGUAAUUAAUGAAGCAUUCAAAAAGCUGGAUAAAACAGGAGAUGGAAAUAUUACUAUUGAGGAUCUCAGAGGGUAAGUGAAAUCGUAUAUCUUUUUAUAAAAUUCAGUAUGCAUAUUGCAACGUUGUAUGCAACCUGUAAAAUUGUUCCAUGAAAUUUUUGUGCUUUUGUUUAAAAUUUUUAAAUUACAUUACAAAGCUUUAAUAUAUUAAGCAAACAUAUCAGUAAGAUAUGAUUGUGAUGUUACUCUGAGUGUAUAUCCACACCGGGCGAGCUUGAAAAAUAUGCCCGGCCAAGGUGGGAAUCGAACCUACGACCUUUGGAAUACUAGCCCAAUGCUCUGCCAACUGAGCUACGUGGUCAGGUCGGUUCGAGUAAGUGAUAUUUCGGAACAGAAUCUAGUUCCUUCGAUACCAAUGUAAUCUUGUAAUAUGAUUUUUUUUCCUUACUCGAACCGACCUGACCACGUAGCUCAGUUGGCAGAGCAUUGGGCUAGUAUUCCAAAGGUCGUAGGUUCUAUUCCCAUCGUGGAUCAUAUUACAAGAUUACAUUGGUAUCGAAGGAACUAGAUUCUGUUCCGAAAUAUCACUUACUCGAACCGACCUGACCACGUAGCUCAGUUGGCAGAGCAUUUGGCUAGUAUUCCAAAGGUCGUAGAUUCGAUUCCUACCGUGGCCGGGCAUAUUUUUUCAAGCUCGCCCGGUGUGGAUAUAUACUCAGAGUAACAUCACUUGUAAACAUAUCAUAUUCACGUGAGUACACAACACUAGCACAGAAAAAAAUAUCAUAUCAGUAAGAAUUAUUACCAUAUAUGUCUCGUACAUAUAUUGUCACUGUUAACUCUCAGCCUCAUCUCUGCCACUGGGCAUUGGUUUAAUAUUAAGGACAACAAACAGGACAUGGUUUAGUCGACGUGUAAAUCAUCUAAUGUCACAACUAAAAUGUAAAUAUUUGUAAAGGCAAUUUUUUUUCAUUUUUCAUAACUCGAUGCUGACAUACUUGCUAUUAUGCACCUAUAUUUAUUUUACUAUAUUCCCAAAGCUUUGCAGUAAUAAAUUUACGUGGUGUUUCCACAAACAAAAAACAAUUAUAUUUUAUCGCCAUGCAAACAUUCAAAGAACUUACUAUAUUUCCAUUGUAAUUUUAAAUGUAUGACAACACUUUGCCAAUGCAACACAAUCGCCAUGCUAUGUUUACAUACGGACUGUAACGCGUUAGUUUAACUACUUUUAUUGCUGGCUUGGGCAAAAACGAGAAUCAAAAUGUUUCGCAAACUAAGAUCUUUUCUUUUUUCGUAGUGUCUAUAAUGUGAAGCAUCAUCCGAAAUACCGAAAUGGGGAGUGGACGGAAGAGCAAUGUUUCAGAACGUUUUUAGAUAGCUUUGAUUCGCCAGAUGAUAAAGAUGGACGGGUAAGUGCACAAGAAAUAUUUCAUGAUUAUAUUCAUUUUUGUAAGGGGAUCAUAUACUUUUCCUUUAGGUUUCGGGUAUCAAAUACGUUAAAAAUAAGAAUAAAUUCCAUUAAUAAUAAUACAAAUACCAAUAGACUUUUCUUAUAAUGACGUCAUCACGUUAUCAACCCUUUAUGCCUUUAAACAUUAAUUCGGAAUAGCCCAAUGUGUGCCAAGUCAUUUUCCCGUCGAGUUUGAGGCAGCACUUUCCUUGCGAUAGUAACUCCUAGUGUUUUUUAAUGUAUAGAUCACGAUGGACGAAUUUCUCAACUACUACAGCGGUGUAAGUGCCUCGAUUGACAACGAUGCCUACUUUGAUCUCAUGAUGAGGAAUGCUUAUAAACUCAAAUAAAAUUGUUACAGUACUCUUAUUGUUAAGAUGAUAUAUA